UAUUUCAGUAUCAGCUGCACACAGGCAUUGGCUACACUGCAGCACACUUCAUCAAUAAGAGCCAGCAAGGGCUGUGAGGUUUGCCACACUGCCUUCAUCCAGCGGAGGAGCGAGAGCUAAGGCAGAGCCUGGCAGAGAAACAGAGUAUCUGCCGAGGGUAAGGCUGCAGUUCGCAGUCCCAGCCUUGAGGUGCUUUUUGCUGCUGUCCCUCGUUCAGAUCAUCCCAGAUAAUACCUUAACAAGCAACAAGAAUGGAUGUCUUUAAGAAAGGUUUCUCCAUCGCUAAAGAAGGUGUGGUGGCUGCUGCAGAAAAGACCAAGCAGGGAGUGACAGAGGCUGCGGAGAAGACUAAAGAAGGGGUAAUGUAUGUAGGCACCAAAACCAAGGAAGGCGUGGUGCAAAGUGUGACCUCAGUUGCUGAGAAGACCAAAGAGCAGGCCAAUGUGGUGGGAGAGGCUGUAGUAGCCAGCGUGAAUACAGUGGCAAACAAAACUGUAGAAGGAGCAGAGACCAUCGCAGCCACCACAGGAGUUGUAAAAAAGGAGGACCUGGCAGCGCCGCAGCCGCCGGAGCAGCCCCGGGUGGCCGGAGAGGGGGCCCCGGCGCCAGGCACAGGCGGUGCAGAGGGUGAAAUUGAAGGCGAUCCAUCAAGUUAGGGAAUCCUGGGUCAAAAGAGACCAUUCCAAGAGCAUACAUGGAAAUAUUAGCUGACUACAACAGGAAAAUCCCACUGUCCGUAGACUAACUACAUUCAGCUCUGUAGUCUUUCACUUGCCUCAGAAAGAGCUGUACAAUAUAUGUAAGCCAGACUCCUCUGAUUGUAAGUAAAGUGCAGGUGUGUACCGGGGGGUCUGUCCUUCCCCACCUCCCUCCUGGCUUUCCGACCCACUUGCUUUGCAUCUUUUGGUUGGACUCACUGGUCUGUGUCUCACAUCCAUCUGCACUGGCACUUGGGAUCUCUAGGUAUCGUGGAAAUAUUUUUUUUUAACUAAUAAAAAAGUGUUUGAACAC